AUAAUUGAAUUAACACUACAUACUCUAAAUUUGGAAGCACCAAGAGCGGCCCUUAUUAAAGAAGAUAUUUCUAGCAAGAUAAUAAAUAAACAUGCUGGUUCUAUUAUGAUUGAAGAUGUACCA